AUGUUACCAUCAUGGAAGAAGGCCGACGAGUUCUGGGCACUAAUUAGAUUCCUGCUUCAGAAGCAAGCUGAACAGACGUCGUACAUUUUUGUCAACAACGAUGAAAUGAUUGACUUUCCUCGGGAAUGGGAAAGGGUCUUCGCGACAGCCGAACGUGGAGUGGUUCUGAUGUCGUUCGGAACUAUGGCCAGAAGCACUGAAAUGGGUGAAGCACGUCGGACAGCAUUUGUGGAAGCCUUCCAGACUUUUCCUGACAUUACUUUCAUUUGGCGGUACGAAAAUCGUAGCGACCAUUUCUGCAAUGCUAGCAAUGUGAUUUUGCACGAUUGGCUUCCACAG